GAAUGAUGCGUUACUGGGGCGAGCUCCCGGUAGCCUCGGCCCCACCAGGCCGCAGCUCCUUCGAUCUUCUGCAGCGUGAAUUUCGGCAGGUAGAGAUGCAAGAUCCUCCACUGCAUCAGCCAUCAGCUCGCCGUCCACGACCCACCACCAUGCUGGAUGUCCCCUCGGAACCAUGCAGCCUCACUAUUCAUACGGUGCAGCUUUCCCAGCAUGCACGGCGCCUCAGAAACCUAAUCACAGCUGCUCAGCCAGGCCAGCAGACUCUGAGUGCUGGUUCUGAAUCGCAGGGUCUUUUUAAAACAGAGGAGGGGGACUCACUGCCACCACGGCCGGUCACACCAGCAGCACCGGAUGAUCUGCUCCCUCUUGAUAACAAGGCUUCCUGUGGGCCAUUCCAGCUGCGGCACAGUGACCCAGAGAGCGACUUCUACAAGGGAGAAGGCGAGCCAGUGACGGAGUUGAGCUAUCCCUCAUGCCGUCAGCUCCUGUACCAGUCGGUUGCCACAGUGUUGGCGCACGCAGGUUUUGAGUCGGCGAUGGAGAGUGUGUUAGAGACGCUGACUGACUUGGUGCAUGAGCACUACCUGCGCCUGACUCAGCUCCUGCGCGUGGCCGUGGAUCGCGAGGCUCGUCUCGGCUCCACCCCCUUUCCUGACGUGGUGGAGCAGGUCUUCCACGAAGCGGGCAUCGGCAGUGUGCUGGCACUGCAGCACUUCUGGCAGGUCCGCAUCAAGGAUUACCACAGCUACAUGCUGCAGGUCAGUAAAGAGCUCUCAGAGGAAUAUGAAAGACUGGUAAAUCCAGAUAAAGCUCAGGAAGACACCAAACCAUUUAAAGUAAAGGAGGAACCUGUGAGCGAUGUUGGCUUCCCUAUGAAAGAGGAGCGUGAGGGUGACCUGGCAUCAGGAGAACAGGCACCAUCCACUGCUGGGCUGGGCAUGACCACUGAAAGACUGGCAGGAGGGCUGGAGGAUGGACACUCCCCACACACCUCAGCAGGUGCAGCAGGUACCAGCUCCCCUCUCUGGCAGUUACCGCAGGUGAAGAUGGAGCCGCAGGAGGGCGAGGAGGGCCAGGUUUCAGGGCACGGUGUUCUCAGCGGUGACGUCUUUGAGGAGGGACCCAUGUCUACCAUGAGCGAGUCGGGCAUGGCUCAGUCACCCGGCAGCUCAGAAGCCAGCUACGGCUCCCACUCUCCGGACUCUCUGAUCGGCACCUCCCCGUUCAACCAGCGGCCAAAAAAACGAGCGCGCAAAGUGUGACUGCGUUAAUGACAUCUAAUAGCACAUUGUGAUAGCUCGUGUUCUUUCCUUUUUGUACUAUUUGUAUUAGGGCCAGUUGAAAUAAUUAUAGUUGAGCAGAUGUAACUGUUUAAUGGAUGUAAAAGUGAGUCAGUGGCAUCUGGUCACUGUUUUAUCCACUUAUUCUGUUGAACAGUUAUUCGUUUGGCUUGCUAAAACCGAGCAUCUGUUUAUUCUAAUGGAACAAUGCAGGAAUCAUAACAUGGGAAGUAAUUAUAGCUGAUUUUCACGUCAAAACGCUCCGGUUCAUCAAUCAAGAGAUAAUGGCAAAUUAAUUACAUCCUACAUAAAUCUGCAUAUUAAACAGGUAGGCCAGUUUAGAAGAUAUCCAUUUGUCACGGCGAAAGCAGGCUGUUCCACGCCCGCCACCUGCACGAGGAAUACAGCUGGGACACAAGCAUUCUGUCAAAGCUUCCAUGUUAAAUUAGCACAGUAAAUUACUGGAUCGUUUGUAAAAUUAUUCUGAUUUGGGCUUUUGUUGUAACUCUUAAGGGAUUUUGUUUGAAAUGGCGUUAUGUACUUGUAGUGUGUGUGUCUGUGUCUGUCUGUGUUAGUAAAAAGCACUGUCCAGUUGGGUCAUAUCAGUGUAUAAGUCCACAGACACUUUGUCCCAGCUUGACCCUUAAAUGAGUGUUUAAGCUCACGUGCUAGUCUCAGCAGUGCUACCAACCUGGCUGGAUAUCAGGUUGGACAGUUGACCAUGACUGCGGGAGGGAAGAUCACUGGCUUGGGUGCUGGCACGAGUCAGGCGAGAUUCAUAGGGCUCUCUCUUUGUACCUGAUAAUAAAAAGCAUAUGUUGUA